AUGCUACAGCCUCAUCCAAUUAUUUUCGUUCUUCUCAUAACCUCAGCAUUGUCAAGCGAUAAUAGUGAUAGUGACAUUCUCGAAUUCACAACCACUCGAAAUCAAUUAUGUUAAGACAUUGAAAAUUUUGAUAUCACAAAUUCAGAAAGAUAAUCUGUUUUUGAUUCCAUCUAUUCCGAGCAAAGAUAAGAUCUCUCAAAUCAAGUAGAAAAGUGGAUUAAAAACAGCUACCUAAUAUCUGCAGGUGAAUAUUUUGUAGAUCUCCAAUAAUACACUCUUCCUUGGUUGAUCAUUUCUAUUUCAACUCUACUUCUAUCAUUGGUUUACAUGUUGGUAGCAAUAAUGCCAAGUUCAAUCAUAAAAUGGAUUAAAGCUCAUACAGAAGACGAAUUCAUUUUGAAUAAUAGAAGAUUUCAUAAGUUUGGGAUAGUAACCAUUUUUAUAUUGAAUUUAAUCCUCAUAAUCGCUUCCAUUAUUACGUUUAUCUCUUCAAACAAAGUUAUUGAUGGUCUAAAUUAUUCCAAUUGUUAUCUGGCUUCCUCCUUUGAUAAUUUACUAGAAAGAAAUGACGAUAACUUUACAGGAUAUGGUAUUCUAUAAAACGAUUUCACUUCAUUGACAAAUGAUUUUAUUGAUUUCCAAUCAGGCUUGAAAAAACUUUAUCAAAGUAGAGUAUCCCUCAGUCUAAAAUCAAAGGAGCAAGAAGUUAUUGAAUUUAAUGACAAACUUAAGAGAAACCAGCCUAAAUCUCCUCUUCCCAUCAAAUUAUCCUCGAAUGGAACUAAUACCAUCUCAGCUGCCGAGUCUUAUUUCUCGAAAUCGAAGAUUAUAGAUUUCUUAUUGUCUACAAAGGACAAUGAAAAUUACCUUACAUAUCUUGCAUAAUAUGAUCUAAUCAAGAAAGAAGAAAGUGGAAUCUAUUUAACAAGUUAAGUGGAUGAGAUCCAAGACUAUUUUGGGAACAUAUUGCUAAGAUUUGGGUCUUUGGAGAAUUCAUCACUGACUCUUAGGGAUUCCAAAUUAACAUCUUUAUUCGCUAAAGCCAAGUAACAGUUAUCAUCCAUUAACAAUUAAAUUCUAAACUAUGCUUAAUUACUUAUUGAUUUCCAUCAACAAGUAACUGAUGAUAUGAACUAUUACUCAAAAUCAAUUAACGGCUUAUUAAUUGCCUUAAUGCUUUUCAAUUUUAUUCAAAUCGUUUUGUGGCUUGGAUUUUUGAUAAACAAGCAUCUGAAGAUUAGAAAGUAUAUAGAUAUCCUCUGGUUCUUAUGCAAUAUUAUCCUGGCUGGAAUAUCAAUCAUCAAUUUCUUCUUGUAUUCCAACUCUCAAUUAUCCAAAGAGCUAUGUAUAUACUUUGAUGGCAUUACCAAUAAUGAAAAGUUUUUUGAAAACUAAAACAUCAUUGAAUUCCCAUAAACUAAACAAACUAUUCACUCUUGUCUUUAUGGCGAUGGAAACAUUUAUAGUUAACUAAACUUGAUUUCAAGACUCAAAGAUAUCAGAAACUACAUCAAUAGUGAAAGCGAUGUCUUAUAGGAAAUAGAAAGACUCAAUUCUAAUCAGACGUUAUAUCUAUAGAAAUUGAAUAAUAACUCUCAGACUAUAUCUUCAAUUGUAGAUGGCACUUUUAUAGAUUUAAACUUUACUGAGAAGGAGGAGUUCCAAAAAGUUAUUGAUGAGUUUAACUCAUUCAAAAACACUGAGAACUGCGCAGAAGUAUAAGUCACAAGAUGUUCGGAUUAAUCUACUCCAAAAAGGAGUGGGGAUCUCAAUAAUUCAUAGAUGUGUUGGCAUCCCUCUUAUUUGAUCACAGCAAGUUCAGCCUCUUGUUGGGAUUAAUAGGAUCUGUUCUAAAAAUUAAAAAUGCAUUAUCAAAUACAGGCUCAAGGAUGGAUUAAGAUGCAAUUAUUAGAAUCUUAAUUUGUUUCCUAAAACUUAGAUUUGAAUUAGAAAGUUUAUCAGUAUAUUUAGAAUCAUUCAGAUUUUACUGAUGUCUAUCAAAAAACGCUGUCCAAUUUGAGUAGUCUACUUAAGGCUACAAAUUGUACAUUUAUGAAAGAAGAUUUAAAUAAGAUGCUGGAUGGAAUGUGCGUCAUUUCUUCAUAUUAACUGAGCAAGAUUUCGAUCCUUUUGAUAAUCAUCAUCUCGACACUUUUCCUUUCAGUUUUCUUUAAUUGUCUCACCUCUUUGAAGGUAUCCCAGAUGGAAACUUAUGAAGAGUACGCCUCAACCAAAGUCAUAAACUUUGCUGGGUCAAGUAUGUUUAGAGCAUCAAUUGAAAUUAAUUAAAUAAUGCAAAAUGAAAGCCCAAUGAAUGUUAAUAGUACAUAAUUAGAAUUCAAAUGA